AUUCAAACUGUAAACAAACAAGCAUUUCUUUCAAAAUGUAGUCCUGCUUGAACUUUCUCCCAAGGACGCCAUGGCUAAUCCAUCAACACAACCGCCAAGCAAUGCAACGACUACCAAUAUCAUCUUUGGGCGGGAUUUUGUACAAUCUUCCUACGCCCUGCUAGAGGUCCCAAAGUCACUUGAAAAUUAUAUUGACGAGCAUGAAAGCAGGCUCGUAAGUUUCCAAGUGCGAGGCAUAGAAAAGGAUACAGCUGUGUUAUGUACCCCAACACAAACUUUCAGUCUUCAACGAGCCCAUACUUCCAAUACGUUGAUACCCAUUGCACCUGUUAUCGGCAGGAAACCUGAAAGCCAUAAUGAUAUGGAUUUGGACGAUCCAUAUCGUACGGACCGCCCCGAUAUUGAAGAGUCAUCGUAUGGCAAGCAUGCGGUUCUGGAUAUGAUGAAUAGCGUCCUCGAUUUGAUACCCAUUCCACCACGGCUGGAUCGGCUAGCAGAGCUAUUAGGGGAAUGUCUCUUUGAAGGAUGGGCACAUGAACACGAGGGGCGUCUUUACACAUGGAGGGAGUUACAAUCGACUGUUCAGGCUAGUGAUAAAGAAAUUUUGCAAUGGCUCAAGGAUAAGCAUGCUAAAGAAAUUAAUGGUACCUAGUUUUAAAAACUAAGUGAUAUGAUAUGUUUGAAGCAAAGACCUAAAGUAGAGUCGCCUCUAAAACUACAGUGAUCAUCUAAAAUGGUUAUUCAGGCUAUUGGAGACUCUUCAGGCGACGAUUCAUGUACGACAUCUUAACAGAAAUCUUGGUAUCCUUGAGCAUCGAGGGUAUGACACCAGAU